GGAGACGCUGCUGGUCAGACUGUGCGCACUGUUGACCUCCGCACACAGUGUUGGUUCAUCGGGAUUUCUCAUAAUAACUUCACUUGAGGAUUUCGCCUUCUUUGCGCUUUCUUUGAGGGGAUAAGUGCUGCUUAACCUCUCCAACUAUAUUUAAUACAAAUAUUAUUAUAACUAAAGGAUACGAGUGAGGACACAGCAUGCUGUCGUCCCUAAAGACCCUGCUGCUGUUCUCGGUCCUGUGCACACCGACCUCCAGCCUGUGCCUCCGUCUCUACCAGACGCGCCCCGACCUCCUCUGCGACGACCAGCUGGCACUCGGGGUCCGGAAUGACCAAACUGAGCCUGGUUACUCCACUGUGGACGGCUGGGGGUCCCUCAUGCAGUCCGCGGAGUAUCUCUCCUCCUCAUCCUCCACGUCGUCGUCCUCUUUCUCCUCUGCUGAAUCCAGUCGGGAAAAAAGGACUUCAAGUCCCGCAAACUACCGCUUCUUGAGUCGGACCAAGCUCAGGGGCCAGAUGCUCCGCAACAGCAACAAAGGGGACCGGAGGAGCAGACUGACCCUGUCCCUGGACGUCCCGACCAACAUCAUGAACGUGCUCUUUGAUGUGGCCAAGGCCAAAAACCUGCGAGCCAAGGCGGCGGAGAACGCGCGUCUGCUGGCGCAAAUUGGACGGAGGAAAUGAAACAUGGACAACUUUCAUUUAACAGACAGCCAUGACCAGUGUUGGCCUCUCAAAGUCUAAUAAAUUAGCAUCUCUUAUCAUCCAAGUAAACAUCCAUUUGUUUCUCCGGGGGAACGAUGCCGUGUUUAAUAAUACACAGGCUUUAAAUUCAGCUGUUCGCCUGUUUUCUCCACAUCAAAUCACUGAGACCAUCUCCAACAGCA